CAAAAUUAAUGGGAUACUCACAAAAACUAACUUUUUCAGCUUGUAACAAAUUACAUUCUUAAAUUAUUAUUCGCAGAAAAAGGUCGGGUUUUCAGAAAAAGAAAAUGGGGAGGAAGCACAUCCAGUUAGUAGCAUUUUUCUUCCUGGCCACAGCGGUCGUGCAAAUGGUUUAUGUGAACGCACAAUGUAUCACAACGGGUAACGCGUGUACUACUCCAAACAACUGUUGUCAAACACCAGUCGAACUUGCGUGUGUGAUGGGCGUUUGUACAAAUUGUGAAGAUCACGUAGGACAUUCUUGUACCCUUGGUGUACGUGAAUGUUGUGAUCCUGAAAUCUCAUGUAACAAUAAUGUUUGCACAAAUUGUGAAGAGCACGAAAAUCAUAGUUGUACCAGUGUACGUGGGUGUUGUAAUGAAGAAUUUGCGUGUGUAGACAACAAAUGUACGAAUUGUGAGUCACACGAAGGGCAUACUUGUGAAGUUGGUGGACCACGUGAUUGUUGUCCCGGAAGUGGACUUGAUUGUGCUCAAGUUUCUCCAGGUGUUUUCAAGUGUAUGUAACACUUGAACAAGUAUACUUUCGAUCCACAAUCACAUACUCAUCGAAAUAUCUUUAUGUAUUUCGAUCUUAAUUUGGAUUAUAUUUAUGUAUGUCUUCGUCCUUGGUGUGUGCCGGUACGUACCAUCCUAAGAGAUGUACGAACUGUUCAUUAUUUUGUUGUGUGUGUUCUUUUUUGUUAUUGUGUGCAGUGGGGUGAUCUCAUGAUCUAGCUUGCAUGGUUAUACUUUUCCCGAGUAUUAGCUUUAGCAACUAAUACGAAGUACUCCGUAUGUUUUAUGUAUCACCAUAUAUAUUUAUGAACAAUAAUAUUGAUGAAUUUUCAAGUCCUUUUCCUUCGAUUCUCUCGGC